CUCCGGUCCCGGAGACGCUGGCGUGUUCUCGCGAGAAGCGGGAAAGGGCGCAGGGUUUGAAACAUGGCGGACGACGUGGACCAGCAACAAACCACCAACACCGUAGAGGAGCCGCUGGACCUCAUCAGGCUCAGCCUGGAUGAGCGCAUUUACGUGAAGAUGAGAAAUGAGCGUGAGCUUCGAGGCAGGUUACACGCUUACGAUCAACACUUAAAUAUGAUCCUGGGCGACGUGGAGGAAACCGUGACCACAAUAGAGAUCGAUGAAGAGACGUAUGAAGAGAUCUACAAGUCGACCAAGCGGAACAUUCCGAUGCUGUUUGUCCGGGGAGACGGGGUGGUGCUGGUCGCCCCUCCGUUGAGAGUCGGCUGACACCGAGGGUGGACCCCGAGGAGAAGACAGAGACCGUGGACAGCUGCCCCUUUGAAUGUCCAGGACGUUGACAAGACACUGCUGCUGCGUGUGUCACUAAGAAAUGGCCGCGACUCCUCCACCCCGAAGUGAGUUGGUUUGCAAACAACUUGCAGCCUCUUGAGCUCCGUGCACUGUCCCCCCGAUCCCCCCAGGUGCCCGCGUCUUCUUCAAGGGUCAGUUCCCCCGUUGUCCCUGCACACACGUCCUGAUGGUCUGUUUGGUUUUUUUUAUUAAAUUUGGUGUUUGUUUUGGGUUUC